AUGGAGCAAGACCGACGACAAGCAGAUCUCUCGACACCAGAGCUCGAUGGCGAGGCCAUCGCCGUGUCUAAGCAACCUAAGAAGCGAUUCAUCGGACGUAGGGCAGCAGCAGAAAAAGCAGCGGCCAAAGGCGAGACAAAUGGCGGCGGUAUCGAAGACAGCGGGGCUGUUCAAGUCGCCGCACCCAGAAGGAGCGCUCGUGCCUUGAACCAAGUACCUCCCGAGAUUCUGAACGAUGAAGACAUCAACGCAGCCGUUGCCCUACUCCCCUCCAACUACAACUUCGAAAUCCACAAGACCAUCCACAAGAUCCGCACUGCAGGAGCAAAGAAAAUCGCGCUACAAUUUCCCGAAGGCCUCUUACUGUUUGCGACGACCAUAUCCGACAUCAUCACACGCUUCUGCCAGGACACGAGCACAUUGAUCAUGGGCGACGUGACAUAUGGCGCAUGCUGCAUAGACGAUUACACGGCGCGCGCAUUGGGGUGUGACAUGCUGGUGCACUACGCGCACAGCUGUUUGAUCCCUGUCAGCGUGACGCAGAUCCAGACGCUAUACGUCUUCGUCGACAUCGGUAUUGACGUCUCACAUCUCCUGGCGACCAUCGAACGAAACUUCAAACCAGGAUCUAGGAUCGCCAUGGUUGGCACCAUUCAGUUCAACGCGACGCUGCAUGGUACGGCUCCACAGCUGCGGAACGCGGGCUACGACGUCGUGAUACCGCAGAUUGCACCGCUGAGUAAAGGCGAGAUUCUGGGUUGCACAAGUCCAGCCCUCAAGGACGAGGACAAGAUUGACUCGAUUCUAUAUCUGGGAGACGGACGCUUCCAUCUGGAAAGUGCAAUGAUUCACAACCCGACGAUACCUGCGUACCGAUACGAUCCCUACUCGAGGAGGUUGACACAUGAAACAUAUGACCACGAGCAGAUGAUGUCUUUGCGAAGUGAUGCCAUCAGGUCAGCAGGAAAAGCAAAGAAAUGGGGGCUGAUUCUUGGAUCGCUCGGAAGACAAGGAAACCCGCAUACAAUGACCAUGAUUGAGCAGCGGUUGCAAGAGAAGGGCAUACCAUGGGUGAACCUGCUGCUCAGCGAGAUCUUCCCGGGAAAGUUGGGAAUGAUGGACGACGUUGAGUGCUGGGUGCAAGUAGCAUGCCCUAGACUGAGUAUCGACUGGGGUUAUGCGUUCCCACGACCAUUGUUGACGCCGUACGAGGCGUUGGUGGUGUUGGGAGAGAGAGAAGGAUGGGAAGGAGAUAAGAAGGUAUAUCCGAUGGACUUUUAUGGAAAGGAUGGUCUGGGAAGAACAAAGCCUGAAGAUGUGGCCGCCAGGACGCGGGCAGUCCAGAGUGUCGCGUAGAUGUCAUGUCACAAUAUCAAAGAUAGCGACUUGUUUGGAUGUUGCAAUUCAUGUUCGACCGUG